AUGCUUGCUAGAAGAAUUAUUCUGAAAAAUCGCUUGGCUUAUUGCCGUCGCUUGUCUUCUAGUAGUAGUGCUUCUACUAUUACUAGUACUAAUACUACUACUAAUACAUCACCAACAACAUCACCAACCCCCCCAACAAAUAAAACCUCCCAGACAAUACCCAACCAGAACCAAGACCAACCCAUCAUCCCAAGAGUCACCCCAGUCACCAAAAAGGCCCAUUUUUCAGAACCUCCUCCAGAAGUAGACAAUGAUGGACUCUUCCUCUCAAUUAAGUCCCAGGUCCAGGCUCAUAAACAGCUCUCAGUAAAACAAACUAACCUCGAAUAUCUCGAAAAAAACCUCGGCAAACACCACCAGAUCAACUCCUUUGCUGACCUCCCCCUAGAGUUUGGCCAUAAUCAACACAUCGCCAUCAAUAAUGAUAUGCGUGAACGUCUGCGCUCUAUUCUCUGGAACUUCAAUGCCCCAAUAAAAUACGCAUUUGCUUACGGAUCUGGCGUCUUCACUCAAGGUGCCGCCUCAGAUGCUUCAAAACCUCAAGUUGAUCUCAUCUUUGGCGUCUCCUACACAGAACACUGGCAUUCUCUCAACAUGCGCCAAAACCCAAGUCAUUACUCUUCUCUUCGCUGGCUUGGCUCAGGUGCCGUCUCCUUUGUCCAAGAUAAACUUGGCUCAGGAGUUUACUUUAACCCAUAUGUGGAAAUCGAUGGUGUCAAAAUCAAGUAUGGCGUCGUCAAUGUUAAUACCCUGCUACAUGACCUCUCAUCUUGGAACACUCUUUACCUCGCUGGCCGCCUACAUAAACCAGUCAAGAUUCUUCGUGAUGACCCUCGUAUCCGCUUUGCAAAUCAAGCUAACCUCAUUUCUGCUCUGCGUACGGCCCUUCUGUUACUUCCAGAAUCCUUCUCAGAACUCGAUCUUUAUACAACCCUCGCUGGCAUUUCUUACAUGGGCGACCCCCGCAUGGCCUUUGGUGAAAACCCUAACAAGGUUCGCAACAUUGUUCACAACCAGUUUGUUAACUUCCGCAGCCUCUACUCGCCCAUCCUCGAUGUGCUCCCCAAUGUCGAGCUCCAGUCCUCGGCAAAGUUUGCUCUCGAGUCCAACCGCGACAUUGCUGUUGCAACCCUUCGCCAGGAUAUGGACCCCAAGCCCCGCGGUAAUAUGGUUGCCCGUCUUCCUACUGAUUUCAGAAACAAAAUUUACUUACAAUACUCGAGCUCCCCAGUCCAAGAUCAUCCCAUGGGCUCCAAACUCGACCAGAAGAUUGCCGCAGACGUCGCAGGCCUUCAAGGCCAAGUUGCACGCGCAAUCAAAAACACGGUCCAAUGGCCGUCCUUUACGCAAUCAGUCAAGGGGGUCUUGACUGCAGGUGUUUACAGAAGUACAAAGUAUGCUUUAGAAAAGCUUUCCAAGGCUCGGACAGCCAAAAAGGAUUAA